AUGGCUGACAGCUCCUGGGUGUAUGGAAUACGACAUCAGGCACGAUGCCUCACAGCCGUCAAUGCAAGUACAGAAAAGAGCAAGUUCCUCGUUGGUACUGUUGGUGUCAAGAACAAUGUCGUGUGCCUGCUUGAAUUUGACGAAGACAAAUCCGAGAUUAUACCCACGUCAUUCAGUCAUCCGGACGAGGUUUGGGAUAUCUGCACGUGUCCUACCGAUGAAGCAUUGUUCUUUACCAGCCAUAGCCCAGUGGGAGGUGAUCCUGCAAACAAAAAGGCGACAUUAUGGAAACAACAGCAUCAAAACGAGACGCUUGAAGAGCAGCUAACGCUUGAUCAUGCAGGGAUCUCUCGUGUAUUCUGGGACAAAGACGUCUCCAAGAUCAUGGCCAUCAAUGCAUCCAAUGUAUUUAUAUCCUCCAUACGUGACAAUGUUGCUGAUACCACUCUUUCUAUACAUGCAUCACAUGACAACACUCUCCAAAAUGCUGCAUGGAAUCCGCAUGAUCCUGAAUCCAUCAUCACAACAGCUGGCACUUGUCUUGCAGGGUGGGACUUGAGAUCCAACAAGCAAACAUUCGCCCGAAAUGAUGCCCACAAGUCCACCAUCCGUGCUGUCGAUUGUAAUGCAAACAAGCCGCAUCAUGUCGCUACGGGUGGUGAUGAUGCACAAGUACGUAUAUGGGAUGUUCGGCAACUGGAGGAGCCAUUGUUGACCGUGGAUGGACAUACACAUUGGGUUUGGUCUGUCGCCUUUAACAAGUUCCAUGAUCAAUUACUACUAUCGUCCGGGUCCGAUACCUUGGUGAAUUUACAUAAUGUGGUGUCGGUGUCCUCAGCAUCUUAUCUUGGAAGCAGUAAUAGCGAUGGCAGCGAUGAUAAGGAAUCGGGACAAGGCAACGAGGAUGAUGACGAUGAUGAUGGAUGGGGAAGGCAUCACCCCACGGAUGGAUUAAUAUGCACAUUCGAUCAACACGAAGAUAGCGUGUAUUCGGUCGCCUGGAGCCCUGCUGAUACCUGGACAUUUGCAUCGCUAUCUUAUGCAGGCCGCGUAGUCAUUAGCCAAGUCCCUGUAGAAGAGAAAUUUAAAAUCCUCGGUGUAUAA